AUGCUCAAGAUCCCAUGGCGACUACGUGGCGAUUCUUCUCGAGUCUCGUUGAUGCGUCCCUCUCACCAUGUGUCAUGUGAUCCCGGGCCGUCAGCGCCAGUGAUGGAUAAUACCUCGCCCGGUGCCCCGCGAAGCAGGUCUGCUUCUCAGCAGCAACAACAUGCGCCAGCCGUGAGCAGCAGCGCGCAUGCUUUUUCUGGCUCCGGCUCGCCAUCCGCGACGAUGUCUGUGAGUGCGGCUGACGAUCACCGCUUGCAUGAUGUCGGUCUUGCGGCUCUCGCGGCGGUGUCUCAGUACCCGCACGCCGUGGAUCCCGAGCGCGAUUCAUUUCUGGUCUCGGAGGUUGUUCACGCCGUGACAGGCAGCAGCCCCCUUCCGCGCCAUUCGCGCUCCCAUCCUCGGGAGUCUGUGACCUACAGUCCCUCUUCGGCUACUGCCAUGCCGUACCCCGCAGGACUUGCGGGGAGAUAUCCUGAUCCAUUUGAGGCUCGGGAUGUUUCUCAGGAAUCGGAGACGACAGAUGGCGAUGUCUCGAUGGAGUCCUUUACUCAGGAGCUGUUUAGGCGUCGUGCUCCCCUGCAGAACAUCGCCACGAUUGUGGACGAUACCGACCAUGGAAAUGACCGCAGAGAUCUGCUGAUGGACUACGAUUCCACUAUGGCGGAAGACCGUCCGUCGCCGUCGCCUUCCCGCGACGACGAAGUGCAGGAUUUGAUCCGAUUUUAUCCUGACGAAGAAUACUACUACUACCAGCGCAAGGCUCAGCGCUCUCCGCACGACCCCGCAACGGAUGACGUGAACCUGGACGACUUCUAUCAGGGCUUCAAUUACGAUGUUUCGGAUGUCGACCUGCCACCAGCACCGGCGGCGCCAGUCCCGGAUCCAUUUGAGAGUGACGAGAUGCUCGAUCAGCCGGAAUUUCCUCCCCCGCAUCCUGCUUCGAGUAUCCACACCACUACCUACGAGAGGAACCUCACGAUCGAUGAAUUCAUCGAACGCUGGAUGAUGCAGUUGAAUGCCACUUCAUAUAACUUUGAAACGGAAACUCGCAUCCAUCCGCAGCUCCGUCCGCUGGCGAAGAUGAUCGGCUGGCAACCACCGCAGGAGGUCAUUAGGCCUCAUGCGUACCAACGGGAAUUCUACGAUCUCCAGAGAAUUCCGUGGAGAGACACCUUGCGCGUGAGACGGAGUGAUGCCCGAGCGCUGCGGGACGCCUGGUAUACCUCGUACCACAAUCUCGAUUACUCGCAUAUCAGCCACGCGAAACGGCUGCCGCAGCGGGAUGCAUGUUUCCGAGAGAAAUCCAUGCAUACCUCGCACAAGGCAAAUGUUGAGCACUUUCAACUCCGCAAUCUCAUGUCGGUUCCUGCAUACGACACGGUUCAUUUCGCCACACGGUCCAAAAUCUUCUCGUGGGAGCCCACGUAUGACGACAAUGCCAACUGCCUGAUUGAUAUGACGCAGCCCGAUCCCGAAGCGGGGUUCUUGGGGCCGGUCAAAAUCUCGACUAUGAAAACCGCGCAUGGACUGACUAUUGCCGGUGGUUUCUGUGGAGAAUACGCGUUGCGAGCGAUGAGAUCCGAAGGCUCGGGUUCGAAGGGGCUAGUGACUCCCGACUUCAACGACGGCAUCACUAACCACGUGGACAUCGUGCGCAGCCGAACGGGGGCGUCGCCCAUGGGCAUUUUUGCAUCUAACGAUAAACACCUGCGGAUGCUGGACUGCGAGACGAACAUCUUCGUGUCCGACCAGGAAUUAUCCCGCCCGCUCAACUGCACCGCCACGUCCCCGGACAGUCGUCUCCGCGUGGUGAUCGGCGACUCGCCCGAUGCAUGGGUGAUCGAAGCCGACACCGGGCGACCAGUGCACCCGCUGCGCGGACACCGUGACUUCGGGUUCGCAUGCGCCUGGUCGCCGGACAUGCGCCACAUCGCCACCAGCAACCAAGACAAGACUGUAAUCAUCUGGGACGCGCGCACCUGGCGCGCCCUCGAAACCAUCGACUCCGACGUCGCCGGAUACCGCUCCCUGCGCUUCUCCCCCGUCGGCGGCGGGCCGCGCACCUUGCUCUGCACCGAACCCGCCGACCGCAUCGCCAUUGUCGAUGCUCAGCUCUACCAAUCCCGCCAGGUCCAUGAUUUCUUUGGCGAGGUCGGGGGUGCCGACUAUGACCCCGACGGUAGUGUUAUUUGGGUUGCCAAUACCGAUCCGCACUUCGGUGGCUUUAUGCAAUAUGAGCGCCGCCAGUGGGGACAGCGUUUUGCUCUCUCGGGAUUCCCGAAUGAGUGGGUGCCCGAGGCUGAGUUGGAUGGUGAUGAGCGCUGUGUCUUGGGGGCGGGUGAGCGCGAGAUGCGGUUUCUGCGUAAUCUGUCGGAUGAAGAGCAUGAGGCGUUGAUUCUUUAG